UUGUUAAGUUCCCAGUAACUUUCAUUAUCCUGUGAGCUUCAGAUGUGAUGCUCCUGAUCACAGCUGGCGUCUGGACACACAAACAUCUGCUUCAGGUUCUCCUUUGCAUCCAAUCAACAGGGCACAGAUGCUGCUUGUCAACCGCAUCACUCUCACAGAAGGUUUCUCUUCAAAUGUACAUUUUCUGCGUCGUGACGAGCUCGUUAAACCUCAUUGUUCCAAAGCGUUACUGGCAGAACGACCGACAAUAAAAACGACCAUGUGGGACCAAUCAAUGCUUGGCUACUUUGAUUCCCUUCUGCAAACAAACCAGAUUUCACGUGGUUUGCUUUCGUCAAUGUUCCUGACCUGAAUACUGUGCUGUACUUCCACACCACCCAUGUCAAUACACAGAUUCAUUACAGACGGUGAACAGCUGCUAAUCUAUAAAGCUAUUUUCAGAAAGAAGAACUGAAUGAGAGAAGCAAUGAGUUGUUUGACUAUCAGAUGCUGACCUCUUUGUGAUUUCAUUGUACGCCGUGUUGUGGCAGCAAAAGUGUGUCACCCUGCAACAGCUUGGGCGCACCGUCGGACGCCAGGGCAACUGGGGCGGACAAUUAAAACUGGGCAAAGCCAGAGGACAGGAAACCAUCGGACAGGGUCUGGCAUGGUUAAGUUGCUCGUGUCUAUUUCAGACGAUGGUCUCAGGCUCGAGUCUGUGCAGAAAGGAUCACAAAAGGUUUUUCAGAGUAAGAGAAGGAAGGUGAUAAACAUGGCCACCUUGAGGCGACAACCGAGAUCCAGAACCGGUUCGACUCGACAAGACCGGGGAUCGUGCUCCUCAACUGCGUCUUGUCCAGUCUUCUCUGGAGCCUACAGUGACCAGGAGGACGAGUGUUCACUGCGCCGCCAGUCCUCUCCGGUCCUAAAGGGCUCUCUUUCCAGUCUUCGUAGCGCCACCUGUCCAAGUUCAAAAGGCUCCUUCCCCAGCCUUCAAGGAUCCGUUCCAUGUCUGCAAAGUUCUUUGCCAAGUCUUCAAGGAUCUUUGCCAAGCCUCCAAGGCUUGCUACCCAACCUUAGGAGAUCGAUUUCUCAGCUGAAGAGGCGGUCGCUGGGCAGCCUGGAGAACGCCAGGCCCAAUGAGUGGACGGCAAGUCUCCACAGUCGCAAUGGUAGUUCAAGUGACGAAGAUGGCAGCUGGGAUACCAACAGCUGGAGCUCAGGGGCCACCUGCCUCUUACGGACGCCCAUCAGUCAAGAAAGCAGCCAAGCUUUGAGGGAAUCGGACGGUAAAAGUUGCCCUGCUGACCAAACGUCCUCUGGCGCCAAAUCUGAGGACGAAAUAAUUUACCAGAACAUUGUUUUUUCACGUAAAGCUGAAAACAAACCAGAAUCCACUCUGGCAAAGGCUGUGCAGCAAAAAGACACCUCUUCAUGCCCAAGUAAGAAGGCCUCUACAGUUUCGCCACCUCAGCAAGGCGAAAAGGCAGCAGACAGGCGCAAGUUCUCCCAGUUUCUGAACGAAGUGACCUGCAGGGUGUUGAAAACUGAUGGUGAGUCUCCUCAACAACCGCCCACGCCUCUCCAUCAUGACAAACCUCUGCCAGCGCCAGUAGUGGCUCGGCUGCCCCUUUACCCCGACCCAAUGAAUCCUCUGCCACUCUCUACAUUGGCCACAAACUUGUGGUACAGCCCUACCAGCUGUAACCUUCAAACCAUCAGGGAAUACGACUCCAAAGACCUGAAAAACUGCAUCCACCAGUGGAGCAAGACGCUUCCUAGCUGCAAAGUUUUGGAGCCUGAGGAAGUGCUAAGAAAAUUAAAGAGUGAAAGUCUCUCCAAACCAGAGCACCAUGUAAAGAUAUGUACAAAGAUCCAGACGCAGCCGACCACUGGGAGGUUUUAUCUGGAGACGGACAUUGACAGAGUGAGGCGGCUGGAUGAGCUUGUCGCUAAUGGCACCCUGGGGAGAGAAAAGAGCCUGAACAGUUUGGAGAAAGGAAAGGAGAGAGGAAACCGGAUUCCAUGGGAGAGAAACGGAGGCUUGGGAUCAGAGAAAGACAGGAAGGAACGAGAGAAGAGAAAAGAUUACCCAUGGGAGCGAGAUCGAGGAGGAGAGAAAGGCAGACAAAGUGACAGAGAGAGAGAAAAACCUGCCUGGGAGCAAAAGGCGGAAAGAGGGAGAGAAAAGGACAAGAAAGCGGGAUUUCCAAGUUAUGAGCAGCGUCCGCGUCAGCCGUGUCCAGUUUUCAGCUGGCCAGAAGGAUUUCCUAGAGUCUCCUACAGGUCUACGUCUCUGCCCCGGCCUGCGAACAUCUCUGAAUCUGAUGGAGAGAUGCGGCACGACAAGAGCUCUUUCCACGACCACAAGGACGACCUCCGCAAGCGCCUGUCGUACACCACACACAAACUAGAGAUGGUAGAGACAGAGUUCGACUCCACCCGGCAGUACCUGGAGACGGAGCUGCGGCGCGCCCAGGAGGAGCUGGAGAAAUUCACAGAGAAGCUGCGCAGGAUCCAAAGUAGUUACUCGUCUCUUCAGAGGAUCAACCAGGAUUUAGAGGACAAGAUGUGCAGAACGGUAGGAAAACCUGAUAUUUUAUAGCACAAGUCUCACCUUGGUUAGCCUUAGAAAACAUGUCUGUCAGAAGAUGCAAUCAAAGUGUAUUGAUUAUAUAUUUAAUAGAUUGGUUUUGACUUUCUGUUCUUGUCCAGCUUCUUGGUUUUUACAUAAAACCAUUUCAUUGUUGCUUUUUAAUGCCUUCACUCAGUUUUCAUAUCUGAAAUGUUCCUCUUCAUAAAUAACUCACAUUAUUUUUGAUAUAAUGAGCUGAAUUUUAUUCAGAUGGAAUAUAAAAUGAAAUUUGUAAACAUAAAUGCAUUGGAAAUCCAUGUGUUUUCUUAAGAAAAUACCUCAAAAUUAAGCCGUUGUGAAUGUGUGUUGGGUUGUUUUUUCUGGUAUUUUCAGUGACUUUAAAAGAAAAUAAAGUAUUUUAGUAUAAUUUAAUUUUGAAAGGCACAUCAAACAUUUUCUUAGUUUGGGCUGGAAUUACUUCAGUCAAAAACAUGAAAUUGUCCAGUUACCAGGAAACCAGGAAAGUGUUAGUUUCUGUUUUUACCUCUGAAGUUACAGUUGCCUUGGCAGCUUUUCUUUCCUGAUGUUUCAAGAUUGUUACCCUCACAGAUUUAGCAUAUCUGCAGCUACAUCACCACAUUUUGUCUCUAAACUGUGAGAAAAUUUAAAAUUUUUUUUUUUUUUUUUAAAUUGAGACAAUAUGUGUUAAUGCACAUUUACACAUACUCUAAUCUUACUCUAUUUAAGUUAUUGUGCAGAAAUUUGGGGCAAUAAUUACACAACUACACAACAAAAAAGAGCAGUAGGGUUGUAGAAGUUGCUAACCGCUAGCCUAAACAAACAUAAUUGGGAACUAAACAUUUUUGUCAAAGUUUCAGGGUGUUUUGGUUCAACUGGGGACCAAAAUUGCAGCAUUUGUAACAUUUUCAGUUGCUGCAGUUCGCUUUCACGCAGAGCCAAACCAAUUGAAACAGCUGUUCCCCUCCUCAACUGUGGGGGCGCUGCACCAAAAUCUAUUGAAGGAAAUGACACAAAAACCUCUAAAGAAAACAUGAUCGCAACUUCCUUCUUUACAAAAUCUGAACAAAAAUUAGGUAAUUCCAGAUUUUAGUAGCUGUAGGAUUUCUCUUUUGGCUUUGGUA